CUAGCACAAAAUACCACCAUAGAUAGGGAAGCAGCAAAACUUGAUAGAUUUAAACAAUUAUUUGAUGAACCUAAUAUAGAUCUGGAUCAGUUAAGAAGUUUAUGUUGGUCAGGCAUACCAAAAAGUGUUCGUCCAACAGCGUGGAAAAUUCUUUCUGGUUACCUUCCUCCGAGCCUGGAUCGAAGAGAAGCCACAUUAGAAAGAAAACGAAAUGAAUAUUUUGGUUUUAUAGAGCAAUAUUAUGAUACUAGAUAUCAAGAAUUACAUGCUGAAACUUUUAGACAGAUACAUAUAGACAUUCCUCGAAUGAACCCUCUCAUUCCUAUCUUUCAACAAAAAUUAGUACAACAAAUAUUUGAAAGAAUAUUAUAUAUUUGGGCUAUAAGACAUCCUGCCAGUGGUUAUGUUCAGGGUAUUAAUGAUUUAGUUACACCGUUUUUUGUUGUCUUUCUUUCUGAAUUUAUAGAUAAUGAUAUUGAACUAGAAAACUGUGAUUUAAGAGAAUUACCAAAGUCUAUAUUAGAUAUUAUAGAAGCUGAUAGUUUCUGGUGUACCUCUAAAUUACUGGAUGGUAUACAGGAUAACUAUACUUUUGCUCAACCUGGUAUCCAGAUGAAAGUAAAUGCCUUACAUGAACUUAUCAAACGAAUUGAUGCUCCUUUAAAUACACAUUUAGAAAACCAUUGUGUAGAAUAUCUUCAGUUUUCAUUUCGCUGGAUGAAUAAUUUAUUAAUGAGGGAGAUACCAUUAAGGUGCACAAUAAGACUCUGGGAUACCUAUCUUUCAGAAGUAAAUGGUUUUGCAGAUUUUCAUUUAUAUGUUUGUGCAUCAUUUGUUGAUUAUUUUUCUAAAGAUAUACAAAGAGAAAAGGACUUUCAGGGAAUUUUAAUGUUUUUACAAAAUUUACCAACACAUCAUUGGAAAGAUAAAGAUAUAAGUGAACUUUUAGCAGAAGCUUUUAAACUAAAAUAUAUGUUUGCAGAUGCUCCAAAGCAUUUAAAUCAGAAGUCUUGA